AUGUUUAACUUUUAAAAAUAGAAUAUUUAAAAUCAGAAUUAAAUAAAACUGAAAGUGGAUUAUUAUGUCAAUAAAAUAAUUUUACAAGAAAAAUGUAAUAAGCCAAGAAUUAGAUAUUUAUUUAUGAGGAUAGUAUUUAAAGAUUGAAUUGAGAAUUUUUGUUAUUAGAAUAAUAUCAGACAAGAAUAAAAAAGAAUUCGAAGAAAAGUUGAUUUUUAAAACAUAAAAUCAUCAAUAAAAAAUUGAGGAGUUGAAAAAAUAGAAUAUGAAAGAAUAUAAAGAACAAAUUUCAUAAUUGAGAUAAAUUUAUGAUUUAAAAAAUCAAAAGAUUGAAUAAAAGUUUAUGGAAGAGAAAAGAUUAUGGAACUAAAAUUAAAUUAAAUUGUUAAAGAACUUGAAAGUUAAUUUGAUAAUAAUUAAGAUGAAAAAAUGA